UUCGCCGUCAGUGUUUUCUCAACAUGGCCGGGAUUCUUCGCGGAAGCAAAUUAGUGCGGUAUUUUGCGGGUUUCGCUCGCAGCAUCGCCUUCAGCACUUCCAGGGAGCUUGAAGGGAAUGUUCUGCAGCAGGGACAAUGUUUCUGUGGACACCUAUCGCAGGGUUUUUCAACCAACGCCCGGUCAGAUCAAAACCUUGACAGAUCCCUGAAGCGACUGGAUCAGGAUGUUCGACGAUCUGGAAGAAUCUCCAGGAGGGACAUUGAAGAGAUCCUGGAGGAGAUUCGCCUGCAGAGAUCCGCCACGAGUUCUCAAUCUCUGCUGGUCAUUCGAUGUUGUGGGAACCUCGUGCCGGAGGAACUUCCGGAAGUGCGAACGGCCCUGGUGCAGGAAAUCUGGCAUACACUGAACAAUCUGAAUGUCCCAAUGGACAUUUCGCACUACAACGCUCUGCUGAGGGUAUAUCUGGAAAAUGAGCAUCCCUUCUCACCCACUGAGUUCCUCAGUGAUCUGGAGGCGAAGGGAGUGGAGCCCAAUAGAGUGACAUACCAGCGACUCAUUGCGAGAUAUUGCCAGGAAGGUGAUAUCGAGGGAGCGACCAGAAUUCUCGAGUUUAUGCGAGAGAAGCAGCUUCCAGUGAAUGAGAAUGUGUUCAAUGCCCUGAUUCUGGGACAUUCUCAGGCGGACGACAUGGAGUCUGCCGUGGGGAUUCUCAAUGUAAUGCAGCAGGCAGGAUUGGAACCAAGUGCAGACACAUACACGACGCUCUUGUGUGGAUAUGCGAAGAAGGGCGACGUGGAGGCGAUCAAGAAAACACUGGCAGAGUGCGAAAAGAAGGAGAUCUUCCUCCUGGACAAAGACAUUCUCGAUGUUCUCUACGCCUUGACGGUGAGUGGUCAUGGGAAAGACGCGGACGCUCUUCUGAGCUGUGUGAGGAAGUCAGUUGGAUACAAUCAAGAUGCUGUCAACACAAUUCUGAGGCUGACAAAUCGUGGAGAGGAUGAAGUCGCUUUGAAAAUCUUGAGAACAAUGCCGCGAAAUGUAAAAGCCAACGGCGAUGUCAGCGACACCGGGAAUUUCUUCAUCCGACAAAUGGUGAAGGCAAAACUGCCCGUAGCGAGGAUUCUGACUGUCUGUAACAAUAUUCAGGAGGAGGGCCUGAAUUCUCGACCACUCUUGGUUGCCAUUGAAGCCGGUCUGAAUCAAGGGAACGUGGAAAUUGUUAUGCCGCUGCUGAAGAGAGCCAAAGAAAUGGGUUUCCCAAUGCGUCCGCACUAUUUCUGGCCACUUCUGUGCUCCGCCGCCAAAUCAAAAUCCACUCCGGGUGUGGUGAAGGUGCUGAAGCAGAUGCAGGAGGAGUUUGACAUGCAGGCUAAUAGUGAAACCAUCAGGGAGUAUGUUAUCCCGCACUUAAAGGCGAAGGCAUAUGAUGUAAUGCGGGAUCUGAUUGAUGCUGGACUGUCUCCGGGAAUAGUGUGCACGAGUGUGGUGUACAAUGAGCUACUGAAGGGGGAUCUGAAGAAGGCCGCUGAGAUUUCCACAGCCUAUCGCGCAUUCUAUGUGCCCAGUCUCUUCCGGAGGCCUCUUAUCAGCGCACUGAACUCGUCAAAGGACUGUGAAUCCUUUAUAAAGAUAAUUCGGCAAAUCUAUGAUGGGAUGGCAUGGAUGGACAGAGCUACUGGGAGGGAGCAGAGUGAGGAGACGAAUGAGAAUGAGGGAGAGGCAAAUCAGCACGAAUUUCUAGGGCAGAUUGUGUACGAUGUGGCAGCGUACUUCCGGCAGAGUAGCGAUGAGAUGCUGAGAAAGGUGCUCGAAGGACUUGUGCAAGAGGGAUUGUCCAUAAGUUCUCGGCAAGCUGAGAGGAUUCAGGAGAAACUCGGAUCUGAGCUCACGGUGGAGAUUUCAACGAGUCUUGGGCAAUUGGCGUCUGGAGAGUUGGAACCGGUGCCGUUGUCACAGGAAGAGGGAUCUAGGAGGACAGCGUCUGUGGCUCAGAUGAGUGCGACGCAGUUGGAGAGGAUCAUAGAGCAAGUAGAGGCCAAGGGAGAGAACGCCAAGGGUCUCAAGAGAUAUCUUCUGGGUGCCUGCUUCCGCAGCAAGGAUCUGCAGAAGAGUGAGGAAGUUAUACAGCGUCUCGAAGCGGAAGGAUACACUUUCACUUCCGGAGUCUACGCUCAGAUGAUUGACUUGUACUGCUAUCAUGAGAAAUUGGAGAAAGUGCUGGAGACCUAUAAGCUCAUCAAGGAGAAGGAGCCAGAAUUCCUCUUGGACAAUAUGAAGACCAUUCGAGUGAUUUCGCUUCUGCUCAAUGAGGAGCGUGUGGAUGAAGCUUUGGAUUUUCUGCAGAAGAACCAAAAGUCCGAAUGUAUGGAUGAAACUGUGUUCAAUUAUCGCGCCAAUGUGUGGAAAAUGCUGAACGCUUUGGCCGAAAAGGGACAAAGUGAGACGCUGAACAAGGUCUUUACGACUCUCGAGGCUGGACGCUAUAUUGAAGUGAGUAAUGUGCUCUUGGGACCACUGAUAAAGGUGCAUCUCGUGAAGGAUGACUUGACGAAAGCGAUGGACACCUUUGAGCAGAUCUCUGAGAAAUAUCAAGUCACACCUUGGAAGAGUGAACUUGCCUGUCGCCUGAUCCAGGCUGAGGAUGCCAACAAUCUCCAGCGUUUGACGAAUCUGAGCACAAAGAUUCACGGAGAAGUGAAUUCUCUCUAUGAUCUCGUCUUUUCAUUCGUUGAGUGCGGCCGCAUUCGCCAAGCCAGGAAGAUUCUGGAGACUCCGGGCCUCCGGAUGCGCUAUCAGAGGCUGAGUAAUGUGUGCGAGAGGUACAGUCAGGAGGGAAUGGUGCAGCCUCUCGAGGGACUUGUGGAGGCUACUAAGGAUCUUUUGCACAUCAAUCGGGCGGAUAUUUACUACAAUCUCCUGGUGAGCUAUUGCAAAGACGACGCGGCGGAUAAGGCUCUGGGUCUGUGGACGAAGAUGCAGGAGGAGGACAUUACGCCCUCGGAUGCUUUCCUCGAAAAGCUGGGCAAAUUUCUGCAGUCAAAGAACCUGGACGUUCCAUUUGCCGUGCCUAACGCGAAGAGAGCUGUCGAGAAGGAGCAGAUAACUGAAGCUGCAAGUUCAGCACCAAAGCCAUCCAAGGAAAACCUCAACAUAGUUCCAGUGGCAUCAACUGUCUCAGUGUUCAGAAAAGCGCUCAAGGAGGGAAAUGUUGAUAGUGUUGUGGCGGCUUAUCAGAAACUCUCUCCAGCGGAUAAAUUGAACAUCACUCACCAGUCGCAAUUCCUUGAGAUGCUGGUGAAGGACGGAAGAUUCCAAGAAGCCAAUCAGUUGCUGCAGAAAAUGCUGCAAGAGAAUACACAUCCAAUUCCCAGAGUCUUCCGUUUCUAUCUCAACAAAAUUGCCUCAUCUGGUGAUAUUGCCCAGUUUGAGAAGAUCUCACAGUAUUUGUCACCAGAAAUGAAGAAGGUCAUCUCAUUUGACAAUCGCCAGUGCCAUGCUUACGUCGCUUCCGGACGUGCUGGAGAGUAUCUGGAUAUGCUGGAGAAGGAACUGAGCAUGGCGAAGAGUGACGAAGACAGAGCAUCGCUCACUGAGAAAUUCCCCAGAGGCGGAGCACAAGGAAUUCUCCAGCAUCACCCAGAAUUGUCUGAUAAAUUUGAAAUUCUGGCUGGGAAAUUUAUGGAGCAAAAAAUCAGUUCUCCCAUGAAUGUUCUGUGGAUUCAUUACUUCAUCACCGGGAAUCAAGAGAAGCAAGAGAAGAUUUGGCGAGAACAUUUGAAGGAUUCUCCAAGAUUGAUGUUUCAGCGCAUUGUGCAGACGGCCAGGGAAAAUGAAGACGUCAAUCUUGUACAGCAAUUAAUUGACAAGCUGACCGGAACGAGCGUGACGGACGGAGCUCUGGGAAAUGUCUACAGUUGUCUUCUGGACAUCCAUUCGGCACGCGAGCAGUAUGAUUUGGGACUGCAAGCACUGAAUGCGGCCGUUGAAAAGAAGAUUUCCCUGCAGACGUUCAACAGAACAGCCCUGACGAGACUCAAGGAUGGUCUGGAGAAGGCGGGAAAGCAGUUCCCACACAAAAUCCCUGAGAAAUCCAGCCAGACAACUGAGGAUUCCAGCUCCAGCAGUAGCAGCAGUAGUGAUGAUGAACCGGAGAGGCCACGAAAGUAGUGAGAUUCAUGUUUGUUUUGCGGAAGAAUUCAUAAUUGCACCCUUUGGAAUAGCCUAAUAAAAAUACAUUAAUACAAAAA